AUCACCUCGCGUUCCCUUCCUCAAUCAUCCAACUUUCUCAUCCAUUUUCCUUCAUUUUCUCGCUUCCUUUUCCUCACUACGUCAAAUCCACCAAAUCUUCUCCCCCCCCUCUAAUUUCCGAAGAAACUUGAUCCCUGUCCCAAACUCAGAUCCGAAGAUCUCAUCCCAGUAUAUAUUCUGAACCUUGUUUACUUUUCAUCUUCUUCUUCCCUUUCUUUUUGUUGUUGUCUUCGUUCACAUUGACGUGAACAUCUUUGGCAUUAGAUUAUUUUGCGACUGCAAGUUCCAUUCCGUUCCAUUCUUGUUUUCAUCUACGAAUUCUCAAGGACGAUGUCCUUUUCCUCCUCCCUUUUGAUCUCCAAUUCGUUUUUCCAGAUGUAAUUGCAUUUUUUCCCCUACCUUAUUACAUGCGCUUUAAUCGGUUUUUGAUGUGCGGAGAUUCGUAAACUUUCAUUUGUAUGUAUAUUUGAGUAGGGAAUGUAUAUUGUAAGCUUUUUGGCUACGGAAGAUGUUCGUAUUUGCGCGUGAUUUGUAGCUUGAAUGGAAUUUUCGAUCAUUACCAUCGGGCUGGAAGCUGUGGAUCAGAGGCUCUAUUUGAAGAUUUGAUUCCUGAGAAGAAUUGAAGCGGCGCCUGGAUUAGGAAAGGAAUUAUCCGACGGGGAAGCACUUGUGUCAUUUUGUAUGGUGGACUAAAUUUUGAGCUGAUACAUAUAUAAAGGGCGAGCUUGGUGGAUUAGUAAAUUAGGUCAUGGAGCAUAUUAUAGGUGGGAAGUUUAAGCUCGGAAGGAAGAUCGGCAGCGGAUCAUUUGGCGAACUUUAUUUGGGUACAAAUGUACAAACUGGAGAGGAAGUGGCUGUAAAGCUGGAAUCCGGAAAGACCAAGCACCCUCAGCUUCACUAUGAGUCAAAAUUGUACAUGCUUCUUCAAGGAGGAACGGGGAUCCCCCAUCUCAAAUGGUUUGGAGCUGAGGGUGAUUACAAUAUAAUGGUUAUUGAUCUCCUUGGGCCAAGCCUGGAAGACUUGUUCAACUACUGCAAUCGGAAACUGUCUUUGAAGACAGUUUUGAUGCUUGCAGAUCAGUUGAUAAACAGAGUUGAGUAUAUGCAUUCACGGGGGUUCCUCCAUCGUGACAUAAAGCCAGACAACUUUCUAAUGGGCUUGGGGCGAAAGGCUAAUCAGGUGUACAUCAUUGACUAUGGUCUUGCUAAAAAGUAUAGGGAUCUUCAGACACACAAGCAUAUACCAUACAGAGAAAAUAAAAAUCUCACUGGAACAGCUCGCUAUGCAAGUGUCAAUACUCAUCUUGGAGUUGAGCAAAGCAGGAGGGACGAUUUAGAAUCGCUGGGCUAUGUACUAAUGUACUUUCUUAGAGGAAGCCUUCCUUGGCAAGGACUGAAGGCAGGAACUAAAAAGCAAAAAUAUGAUAAGAUCAGUGAGAAGAAGAUGCUUACUCCAGUAGAGGUCCUCUGCAAGUCAUAUCCAUCAGAAUUUACGUCCUAUUUUCACUAUUGUCGAUCACUGAGGUUUGAAGAUAAACCUGACUAUUCAUAUCUGAAGAGAUUAUUCCGAGACCUUUUCAUCCGUGAAGGAUAUCAAUUUGACUAUGUAUUUGACUGGACUAUAUUGAAAUACCCACAGAUUGGCUCCAGUUCAAAACCACGACCCAGUGGAAAACCAGGUCUCACCCCAGGACCAUCUGCUGAAAGAGUGGAAAAGCAUCCAGUAGGCCAAGAUAUUCGAGAUAGAUUCUCUGGUGCAGCUGAGGCAUUUGGAAGAAGGAACGCAGGUGGGCAUGGUUUGCAUGGCGAUCAUUCCAGACACAGAUCAUCCGAUGAUGUACCAUCUUCCAAGGACGUGCAACCUGAUUCAGAAAGGGGUCGAAGUAGUUACAGGAAUGGAAGCAUUUCGAAGAGGCCUGUCUUAUCAAGCAGUCGACCAAGCUCCUCUGGGGAGCCUAGUGAAAUCCGAUCAAGCCGGCUGGUGUCAGCAAGUAGUCGACUGUCUGCAGGCCAGCGGGUUCAACCUGGUUUCGAGUCCAAAACGACAACUUUUACCCGUUCUGCAACCACAAAAGGCGCUCGUGAUGAGACACUCCGGAGCUUUGAGCUGUUGUCUAUUGGAACUGGCAAGAGGAAAUGAAAAAGGAAGGAAAAAGAAAAAAAAAAGAGAGAAAAAACAGAUCAAUCUGGGUAACUAGUGACUUUUAUGGUCAACACUCCACUCCCUAUGUAUCUUCUGUAAAAUUCCCCAGCUCUACGGUAUUUUAUAUCAAUUGAACAUGUAUAUCUGUAUCGAUCAUUAGUCGGCGCGGUUCAUCCACACUAAAAAAUUUAAUGAAAUUUCUUCUGAAAACAUUGUUCGAAACAAAACCUCCAUAGACUUUCUUGAUUACAAUGGUGCCUGUUUCAUUCUAGGAAGUUGUUAAUACAUUUGAGACAGUUGUAAUUGUAUCUUCCAGGUGAGGAGCCCUGAUGAAACUCUAAGAUGGCUUUUCCUGUCUAUUCAUUUGUUUUGACCA